UAAAAAUCUCAAAAAUAUUGAAGGUUGGAACUACAGUUAGAGUUUAUGAAACGAAGUUUCAAUACCAGCUUUUAUUUUUGUUACUAAAUAAAAUUAAAAGUUUUUGAAAAUGAAACUGGAGAAGUGCAUCACGGAGACGAAUGUGAACCAGAACAUGUUGAACAUCAAGUACGCCGUACGCGGACCCAUCCUGGAGAGAGCGAUACAGAUUGAGAGAGAACUCGAGAAGGGGGUAAAGAAACCUUUCGAGCGCGUGGUGCGAGCCAACAUCGGCGAUUGCCACGCCCUGGGACAACCUCCCAUAACGUUUAUUAGACAGGUGUUGGCGUUGGCGGCGUGCCCAGCGCUGGCCAGCUCGCCGGACGUACCGGACGACGUGAAGCAGCGUGUCAAAGAAUUAUUGGAGGACUGCACGAAAGGCUCGGUUGGAUCCUAUUCCCCUUCUAACGGUCUCAACCUUGUGCGGCGAAGCGUGGCCGAGUACCUCGAAGCAAGAGACGGCGUGGCCGCCUCUCUUGAGGACGUGUACCUCGGCUCCGGCGCUUCUGACGUCAUCAAGGCAGUGCUCAGCCUGUUCGUGCAGGACGUCGACGGGAAACCCCCGGCGGUGAUGAUCCCGAUCCCACAGUACCCCUUAUUCUCCGGAACCCUCUCUGAGCUGGGCCUCCGUCAAGCCAACUACUACCUUGAUGAAGACAACGACUGGGCAAUACAGGUUCAGGAGUUGGAGAGAAGCUGGCGAGAGGCGAGCCGGCAGUGCCACGUCAGAGCCCUGGUGGUCAUCAACCCGGGCAACCCUACGGGACAGGUUCUCGCACGUGAAAAUAUGGAAGAAAUUAUAAAAUUCGCCUACGACCAUGAGCUUUUCAUAUUGGCUGAUGAAGUAUAUCAAGAGAAUAUCAUCAGCAAACCUUUCCAUUCGUUUAAGAAGGUGGCGCACGCGCUGGGCGAACCCUACGGCGGCCUGCCGCUGGCCAGCUUCGCCACGUGCUCCAAGGGCUGGGCGGCGGAGUGCGGGCUGCGCGCCGGCUUCGCGGAGGCCGUGCGCCUGCCGCGCGCCGGCCGGGCGGCGCUGGCGGCCGCGCGCGCCGUGGCGCAGUGCCCGUCCGUGCUGGGCCAGUGCGCGCUGCACUGCGUGAUGAAGCCGCCGGCGCCGGGCGAGGCGUCGCACGCGAGCUUCCGGCUCGAGGCGCAGGCCGCGCGGCGCCGCCUGGCCGCGCGGGCGCUCAGCGCGCACCGCGCAUUCAACAGCAUUCCCGGCUUGUCCUGCAACGCCAUCGAUGGCGCCAUGUUUGCUUUCCCUCGGAUCGAAAUACCAGAGCGGGCUCAAGUCGUGGCGGCCGAGGCGGGGCUGCAGCCGGACGAGUUCUACUGCUUGAGGCUGCUGGAGGAGACAGGAGUAUGCGUGGUGCCGGGCUCGGGGUUCGGGCAGCGGCCGGGCUCGUUCCACUUCCGCACCACCAUCCUGCACCCCCGGGCGGAGUUCCAGUACAUGCUGGAGUCCGUGCGGCGCUUCCACGCCGCCUUCCGGCAGUCGUACUCUUAAUGCAACCACGCCUCUAACAGUAUGAUUGUAUCUGUGAUAUUUCAGUUUUUGUUCUGAUCUUUGCAUAGCAUAAAACAAAGUCGCUCCGGU